ACCUUAAAAAAAAGAAAGAGUGCGUAAAAAAGUUGAUAUACAAAUAAUUCUGUUUUUUAUUUAUAAAGAAAGUAAAAAAGUGACAUUUAAUUUUCAAAAAAAGAAUUUUUAUAUUCCUUUCAAAAUUUAUUUAAUAAAAUUUUUUUCUUCACAAAAUUGAAAAUUAAAAAAAAAAAAAAAAAAAAAAAAAUGAUAAUCAAAUUGGAAAAAGUGAUAAGUUGUUCCUCGGAACAUUCAUUAUAUCCAGCGUCAAAUCUUUUGGAAUCACAUUCAAAUUCAACCUGGAGAUGUGCAAAACCUGGUGAAUCAUUGGCGACAAUUAUUUUUCAACUUUCCGAACCAUCAUGCAUAACAGGAGUUGAAAUUGGAAAUUAUCGUUCAUGUAUCGUCAUUGUUAAUGCCUCAAUAUCAUCUGAACCUGACAAUUGGAUUCCAAUAAUAAAUCAUCAAUUUCUCACACACGAUGAAGCUGCCAAUGGAAAAUUUAAGGAUCAAGUGCAAAUAUUUACAAAAAAAGAACUUAAUCCAGAUAAUUUGAAAAUUAAAUUCGACCGCGUCAAAGUCACUUGCAUGCAAUCGGCAAAUCCAAGAGAAAUUUUUGGUUUAACAUUUUUUAUUUUAAGAACCGAGGUUAUUGUUGAUAUGGGUUUGGAUAUUUUUGGUCGAUUUAAAAUGAAGGACACCAAUGAAGAAAAAGAGAGUAGUGUCGAUAGAUUUAAAGAAAAAUAUCUCAAAUUAAUGGAAAACAAUAAACAACAAGCUGGAAAUUAUAAGAAUGAAUUGAAGGAUAAAAUUAAAGAAAAUGGUUUUAGCGAUUUUCAAAAACGACAAGAGGCUGAACGUGAACACAAGAAGAAACCUUUGUUAGAAAAAUUAGAAGCCGGAAAAGCAGAUGAAGUUUUUGGCAAGACAAAAGAAAAGAAUGAUAAAGUACCAUCAACUUCAACUGCAAUUAAUGAAAAAAUAAAAGAUGAUAUCAAUUCAAAUUCUGUUGUGAGAACUCCAUUUGGAGAUAUUGUUCCAGCAUCGACGUCAAAGGCAAAAAUUGAAGAGAAACAAAAAGUCAUUAGAAAACGAUCAUUAAGUACCGAUGAAUCUGAUGAUAAUGAUGAUAAUAAUGAAGUAAUAAGUAAUAAAAAAGUUAAAUGCAGUAAAUGUCAAACAGAAUCUAAAGACGAAUUAUGUAAAGUUUGUAAAAGAUUACCUCCACCAGAUAUAAUAUCAAAUAAAACAAAAAAGCCUCCUUUAAAUAAAGUCACAAGACCUAAAAGAAAGUUUGAAGAACUUUUUGCGGGAAUCAGUUUUUCUUUAAGUGGAUACGUGAAUCCAAAAAGAGAUGGAAUCCGAAGGAAAGCUUUAAAAAUGGGAGCAAAAUAUAUUGCUGAUCCAAAUACAACUGAUAAAUUAUGUACGCAUUUAGUGUGUGCUUUUAAAAAUACACCGAAAUAUCAACAAUUCAAUGGUCUCACGAAAAUUGUUUCUCAUAAAUAUAUAGAAGACUGCUUUGAUAAAAAGAAAAGAAUUCCAUGGAGGCGAUAUGCUCUAGAUAAAAAUGAGAUGGAUAAAUCUGAUAGUGAGAAUGAAAUUGUUUGCAGUGGAAGAGUUAUUCCUUCUGAAGAUGAUUUAGAUGUUGAUAGCGAUGAUGAUUUUAAGCCUUACGACGAAGAAACCGAUGAAGAUUCUGAUUCGAAUUAUUAAAAAUGGAGAUUAAAAUAAAGGCUUUUGUUUAUAAAAAAAAUUCAAUGGUUUACAAUUAAAAAAUGUUAUAAAAAUAAUUCUUUUAUACGCGCCUGCAAAUCAUUUUUGGUAAUUCUGUACAUAAGAUGUAAUUUUUGUACGAAUGAAGUGUGAUUAAUUUAUAAAUUAAAAAAUAGUUUUUCAUUAA